ACACGGUGAUCUGCUUUGGAGCGUUUGUCGAGGUGAAGUGGUUUGCCCGAACACCGAAGAAAAUCAAGCUAGAAAUUGCAUGUUUCUGGCUUGAAUUUUCGUUCCUUUCACCAAUCUUUCAUUUUGGGAUAUAUUUGGGGUAAAGGGUCCAUUCACAGGAUUUUUAUAUGAAGUGAAGGUGAUUUUUCGUGAAAUUUAUACUCAAAACAUUCGGUGCAAUGGAAUAUGCACACACAAAAUCGACAGAGGAAGUACUCGAAUACUUCAAUGUCGAAACGAGCGGUCUAUCGGAGGAGCAAGUUAAAGUAAACACAGAGAAAUACGGUCCGAAUGAACUACCGACGGAAGAGGGUAAACCACUAUGGGAACUGAUCCUAGAACAAUUCGACGAUCUUUUAGUGAAGAUUCUCUUGCUAGCAGCUAUAAUCUCAUUUGUAUUAGCUUGGUUUGAGGAGAGUGAGGAACAAGUUACAGCGUUUGUAGAGCCAUUUGUAAUUCUGACGAUUUUAAUAUGUAACGCCGUUGUAGGAGUGUGGCAGGAAAAGAAUGCUGAGGAUGCUAUUGAAGCGCUGAAAGAGUAUGAACCAGAAAUCGCUAAAGUAGUGCGUAAGGGUCAUAGAGGAAUUCAGAAAAUCCGCGCCAGUUUGCUGGUCCCAGGAGACAUUGUAGAAGUCUCAGUCGGAGACAAAAUUCCAGCUGAUAUUCGUAUCCUCCAAAUUUAUUCCACAACACUUAGGAUAGACCAGUCCAUUUUGACAGGAGAGAGUGUGAGUGUCAUCAAACACACAGAUCCCAUCCCCGACCCUCGUGCUGUCAACCAGGACAAGAAAAACAUCCUUUUCUCCGGAACUAACAUCUCAGCAGGAAAAUGCAAGGGAAUCGCUAUCGGAACUGGCCUCAACACCGCUAUUGGCAAGAUCAGAGACGAGAUGAUGGAGACCGAGACAGAGAAGACACCCCUUCAACAGAAAUUGGAUGAAUUCGGAACUCAGCUUUCUAAGGUCAUUACUAUCAUCUGUAUCUGUGUAUGGGCCAUCAACAUCGGACAUUUCAACGAUCCCGCCCACGGAGGAUCAUGGAUGAAGGGUGCCAUCUACUACUUCAAGAUUGCUGUAGCUUUGGCUGUGGCUGCUAUUCCUGAAGGUCUGCCUGCUGUCAUCACCACCUGUCUGGCUCUCGGUACAAGGAGGAUGGCUAAGAAGAAUGCCAUUGUUAGGAGUUUGCCGUCCGUUGAGACUCUUGGUUGUACCUCUGUUAUCUGCUCUGAUAAGACUGGCACACUGACCACCAACCAGAUGUCUGUCUGCAAGAUGUUCGUGUUCAGCAAGGUUGAGGGUAAUGAUAUCCAGACCCAGCAGUUUGAGAUCACCGGCUCCACCUAUGCCCCUGAGGGUGAUGUUUACAUGGGCGGUAAGAAGGUGAAGACAUGUGACUAUGAGGGUCUAGAGGAGAUGGCCACCAUCUGUGCAAUGUGCAACGACUCCAGCGUAGACUACAAUGACACCAAGGGAUUAUACGAGAAGGUUGGUGAGGCUACAGAGACUGCCCUGACCGUUUUGUGUGAGAAGAUGAACUACUACAAUACUACCAGAUCUGGCCUGAGUCUGAGAGAACAGGGCACGGUCUGCAACCAUGUUAUUCAGCAGAUGUGGUCAAAGGAGUUCACACUUGAGUUCUCCCGCGACAGGAAAUCCAUGAGUGUUUUCUGCACACCAAACAAACCCACUAAAGUACCUGGUGGCUCCAAGAUGUUUGCCAAGGGUGCCCCUGAGGGUCUGCUCGACAGGUGCACACACGUACGCAUUGGAAAGGACAAGGUACCCAUGUCACCAGCCAUCAAGAACGAAAUCAUGAAAUACACCAAGGCUUAUGGAACUGGACGUGAUACUCUUCGUUGUCUGGCCCUCGCCACCAUUGAUGCACCACCACGCCGUGAGGACAUGGAUCUCGAAGACUCCCGCAAGUUCAUUCAGUAUGAGACCAAUAUGACAUUCGUAGGAGUCGUUGGUAUGUUGGACCCUCCUCGUAUGGAAGUAUUCGAUUCAAUCAAGAACUGCCGCAAGGCUGGUAUCCGUGUCAUUGUCAUCACCGGCGACAACAAGGCCACCGCUGAGGCUAUCUGCCGCAGAAUUGGUGUCUUUGGAGAGAACGAAUCUACCGAAGGUAUGUCCUACACUGGCCGCGAGUUUGAUGACCUGUCACCUGAAGAGCAGCGAUUGGCUGUUACUAAGAGUCGUCUGUUUGCCCGUGUGGAGCCUGCCCACAAGAGUAAGAUUGUAGAGUACCUGCAAGGAGAGGGAGAGAUCUCUGCCAUGACAGGAGAUGGUGUGAAUGACGCCCCCGCUCUGAAGAAAGCCGAGAUCGGUAUCGCCAUGGGAUCUGGAACUGCUGUAGCCAAGUCUGCCUCUGAGAUGGUAUUGGCUGACGACAACUUCGCAACCAUUGUGUCCGCUGUGGAAGAGGGUCGUGCCAUCUACAACAACAUGAAACAGUUCAUCAGAUAUCUUAUCUCCUCCAACAUUGGAGAGGUUGUAUGUAUUUUCUUGACCGCUGCUCUUGGCAUCCCUGAGGCUCUGAUCCCCGUACAGCUUCUGUGGGUUAACUUGGUAACUGACGGUCUCCCAGCUACUGCCCUUGGCUUCAAUCCCCCAGACAUGGACAUCAUGAAGAAACCCCCAAGGAGUGCUAAGGAAGGUCUCAUCACCGGCUGGCUCUUCUUCAGAUACAUGGCUAUCGGAGGUUACGUUGGAUGUGCAACUGUUGGUGCUGCCGCCUGGUGGUUCAUGGUUUACGACAAAGGACCCAAACUGAACUACUACCAGUUGACCCAUCACUCACAGUGUCUUGCUCAGGACGAGCGCUUCCUUGGUGUCGACUGCAAGGUCUUCGACCAUCCAGCACCCAUGACGAUGGCUCUGUCCGUCCUGGUCGUCAUUGAAAUGCUUAACGCUCUCAACAGCUUGUCUGAGAACCAGUCCCUGAUGGUGAUGCCACCCUGGUGUAACAAGUGGUUGUUAGGAGCCAUGGCCCUGUCUAUGGGACUCCAUUUCUUCAUCCUCUACGUUGAUGUCAUGUCGACCAUCUUCCAAAUCACGCCCCUGGGGGUCGAAGAAUGGUUUGCGGUUCUCAAGAUUUCAUUCCCUGUGAUACUUAUAGACGAAACAUUGAAGUUCUGUGCUCGCAAAUUCACUGACGUCGAGGCAUAGAGACAAGGACAAGUUGUGAGGCCCAGUGAAGAUGGCAGCCAUUUCGUACAACCCGCUGGGCUGGAGACACACAAAAAACAUCGGUAAAGGAGGAAAGCCGCUGAUGCUGGUACAACAGAUUCGUGUGAAUUAGUGAUUUAAACCAAUCGGUGUGGAUGCUAUAGGACUAUAUGGCUUAAUCUGAGUCAAAAUGAAGCAGUUGACGAUGAUUGCCUGAUAUGGUCGCGUGUAUUAGUUUCUUCAACCUGAACUACCAGAGUGGAUGCUAUAUUUGUAGAUAGAAGCUUUAAGCAUCUACCAACCCAGAAGGCACAUAACAUAGCUUAUGUGUGAUUCACCCUCACUUUGCUCCAGAUUUUACUCCUUACCCAAACAUUUUCCAGGAAUGAGGAAAUUAAAAAAAAAAACAAAAAAAAAACAAACAACAUAGGUGACUUAUCUACCUUAUAAACUUCAUGUAGCAAAAGUGCAGAAGUGACUGUUACCCGCCGGAAGUGUGAUACCGGAAAUGAUUCCUCGUGUGAUGUACCAAAGUUCCGGACUCUUUUAACGUGUAUAUUUAUGCAAAUUUAAGCUAAUUUAUGACAAGUCAUCGAAUUAUUUAUGUAAGUGCUGAGAAAACAUAAAUUUGGCAGUAUCGAAAUUAUAUUUAAUUACGUGAAUAUUCAUUGUAGAUAUUUAUUUCUUUGAUUGGACUCUUAUGAUCCCCAGACCUUUGACCUCUUCAGUUCGAAAAAAAGCGGGAGACAACUGUGAAGCUACGAAGACACGAAAAGGAAUAUAUGAUUUAUGGCAUUGUGUGGCAUUUUCAUGAAAUUGUAAAAAUUCAAAAUCUUACUACGUCCAUUUGAUUGGCUUAGAACAAGGUCAAACAAGAUCCUACUCUCUGGAACAAAUAAAUUCCAGACAGAAAUGACAAAGUUCACCAAGCAUUGCUUGAACUCUGUUCGAAGAGGUCAAAGGUCUCGUUGUUCCCAAUGUUUCCUCAAAUACUAAUAUCGGGAAGUUUUUUCGUUACGUGAACGGUCAGAUUGUGUAUCGAGAUCAUCGACCAUAAAUUGUGUAUUUUAUGCAAGUCUGUAGCGAAACUUAGGUGUUUGUGUGUAUCACAUGUGUUUUAAAUUAAGAAUUAACUAGAGAAAAAAGUAUCAGAAAGUCAUAUUCAACCAAAUGUUUUCAAUUAAUGUCACAUAUUUAUAAUAGAUUCAAGCGUUCUAAAAACUUGAUGACCAUGCAGAGGGAAGAAGUUAAGAAAACAAUCAAACAUAUUUUCAAGUUUUCAUAUAUCAUUUCAUCUGUUUUCAUAGUUUUCAUAUGUGAUUUGUGAAAUUUAAAGAACUUGGAGUCCCCAAACCCCAUUUUUACCUCUUUCCUGCCAAUUCUUCGGGUAGAUCGUGUUCCACCAUUCAAUGUUAGCUCUUACUCGCUCAGUAAAACAGCGUCAGUAAGAAGCUUUGUGUGUUUAUUGUAUUAUGCGAAUUAGGAAAUGGCCGUAUAUGUAGAAUUAUUGCUUAAGAUAUUAACAUGUCUUUAUCAAUAAUCAUAGUUAGAUGUAUCGAUGAGACAUUUCUGUGUGUUUUAGCAAUAAUCACACAAGAAAUGUUUUUCGUACAAAUAGUCUUAAUAAAAAUAGUUUUAUUAUAAAUAUUUAUUCUAGAAUACGUUUUAGACUUUUUACGGUGUAGGCUGAUAGAAUAAUAGCUGUUUUCUGUGGUUGUAGCAAUUUCAUACUCAGUAUGUCUGCUAAGAUCUACAAGCAUUACAAGGUCAUUGCUGAAUUUAAGUCUCGUGCUUACUGGAUGACGUCAUUUAAGUGACGUCAUCACAUGAUAGGCACUUGUCACAUCGCGACUAAGUGCUGAAAUUUACCAAAGUAUUCCGAUUCCAAAGAUUAGUCUCAAAUAAACCAAAAAAUAGUAUAAAGAAAAUCCAUCGAAACUGACGCAACUGCAUCACAGUGACGUCAUUGGCACUAUAUCAGUGGGUCUUAUAUCGUACUGUCAGAAAGAGUUCACCAACAAAACGUUUGUAUGUAGCUUUGUGACGUACCUUUCGCCAAGUGAUUUGACGCCAUUGUGGUCACGUGGUGUGGUAUCAUAUGUACAUAUCAUAAUUUCCAUGUGUCUUGUUACUGUGUUGUCUCUCUACUCGUUGAAAUGGCAGCAUAUCUGUAGUAACUGCCGGAUUUGUAAAUUUCCUAUAGAAAUAAAGAUUAUUUUGUUUGUAA